AUGUCCAGCCAGCCUCUUCCUCCUCAUGCGCAAGCGCAGCCGGCGCACAGUCCGACGCAUCCGCCCCAGCCCACCCAGGCGCAACGCUCGUAUGUGCCCCCUCCGAUCCAACCCCCGGCCGCCUCGGCUGCUGGAGCGCCAGGGCAGGCUCCCCCUGCCCAGCCUACUCAAACCUCGCCUCCUGCGAAGACGCCUGCGAAGCCGACCCUCAAAGCCCUGCCCACCGUGCGCGACCACACUACAGACCAGCUCGGUCCCGGAAACGACGAAUAUCUACCGCGUGAAAUUGACGAAUCGGGCGAGAAGAAGGUUCUUCCAAAUGGCCAGCUGCUGGGCGGUCGCGAAUACCGCUGCCGCACGUUCCUGGUUCCCCAGCGUGGCGACAAAUUGUUCAUGCUUGCCACCGAAUGCGCCCGCGUCCUCGGCUACCGCGACUCGUACUUGCUGUUCAACAAAAACAGAUCACUCUACAAAAUUAUUGCAAACCAGGUGGAGAAGGACGACCUCGUCGGCCAGGAAAUCCUGCCCUUCUCGUAUCGCUCGCGCCAGAUCGCUAUUGUCACCGCCCGCAGCAUGUUCCGCCAGUUCGGCAGCCGCGUUAUCGUCGGCGGCCGUCGUGUCCGUGACGACUAUUGGGAGACCAAGGCUCGUAAGCAAGGUUUCACGGAGGCCGAUAUGGCCGGUGAGAAGCGCCCUGGCGGGACCAAGGCGCGCGAGGCCGCCGCAGAGGCGGCUGCGCAGAGCGCGCCCAUCAUUGGUCAAGCACAUCCAGAAAUCGUCUACAGCAAUACGGGCCAAUUCGGCGCCGCGCCGCCUACCCAGCUCGUCCAGCCGGAGUACAACGAUACGCGGAGCCGCGAUUACUCGAGCAUUUUGAAGACCGGUCCCCGACAGGAGAUCACUGGCCCGGCAUACCAGGACCGCUCGCAGCCGGCCCCGAUUGGCGAAGUCAACGCACAGGCACACCAUGCGGCCGAGUUCAACAAGUCCAUCAACCAGCAGCGUGAUAUGCGGAACGACUACCUUCAGAGCAUCUGGCGUCGUCCCCACGAGCAACCGCCGCCGCCAGCUAGCCUCACUCCGCAGCAGGUCUCAACCUCGGAGUCUCUGCCGUCCAGCCGCUCCGUCACUGGGGCCACGUCUGCCGGCGGUAUGGUCCACCACAGCCCGCAGAUGAUGAUGUCUGCUGCUCCGUAUUCGCAGUCGGUCACCGCCCAGAGCUCCCUGCCAUCGUCAAUACAAAGACCCACUGGCGGUUUGUCGCAGCCGCAGGGCUAUAGCUACCCCCAGUCGACGCAGAUGUGGCCCCAGACACCCCAGACACCUCAGUACAGCUAUGGACACCCGUCGUCCGGCCCGUCGUCGCACCAGCAGCACCAACAGGCGCCACCGCCGCCACCCUCGUCGCAGCUGCGCCACUCGAGCAGCGGUGGGCAGGUCCCUCCGAGCAACAUGCCCUACUCGGGCAUGCCGGGUAUGAGCCCUGGCUAUCCCUCGCAGGGCCAGGGUAUGCCUUACGACCAGACGCCUCGUCAGUAUAUGCACCCAUCCGGCUCGGGGUCGCCGGCUGUCACACAGGGCUGGCAGGGACAGCCCCAGGCAUCUUCACAAUGGUGGGCAAACCAGCAGCAGUAG